AGGGAGGUGGCAGCCGCCCAGGGAAAGGUGACCGAUGCCAGGCAGCCACCGGCGCGGGAAAGAUAACCAGUAGGUGGGGACUCUGUGGACCCUGAUGGCACCUUAGUGCGAGAAAAAGUGCUUUGGGAGAAACUCCUGGGACGUGGGAAAGAUGGAGCGUCCGAUGCUAGGUUUGAGGCAACUUUAAAGAGAACUAACGUACAGUGGAAGGGGCAGGAAGGGUAUUUUAAAAGCCUCCAGCAACAGUCCUGAUCAAAAAGGACGGCUUCGGGAUUGAUCUGGAAAUACGUUGCAGGGCUCUGAAGUCACAGUCCCGCCCCCAAUCCCCUGACAUGCCUCCCCAGCGCAAGCCUCAAAGACCGAGCAGCUUGCUCGCUUUGGACGCAGACCCUUUGUCCUUCUAGAAGGCUUUCCUCACUUGGGUUUGGACACCUUUCAUUUCCUCAGAAGAUUGUCUGCCUCCUCCUAUGUCACACGAGGAUUCAAGACCAAGACAGAAGAGCGCAGGAUGAAGGCGAGAGGCAGGGACAUUUCCCGUUUGCUGGUCUCCCUCGCUACGACCUGCCUGCUGGCCACGCCUAGGAGCAAGGCGUGUCCUCGCCGCUGCGCCUGCUAUGUGCCCACCGAGGUGCACUGCACAUUCCGCUACCUGACCUCCACCCCAGACAGCAUCCCGCCCAGCGUGGAGCGCAUCAACCUGGGGUACAACAGCUUAGCUAGGUUGACGCUGGCAGAUUUCCGUGGCCUGAACAAACUCGAGUUGCUCCUGCUGCACAGUAAUGGCAUUCACACAGUCCCAGAUAAGACCUUCUCUGAUCUGCAGGCCUUACAGGUCUUAAAGAUGAGCUAUAACAAAGUCCGAAAGAUUCAGAAAGAUACUUUUUAUGGCCUCAGAAGUUUGACCCGGCUGCACAUGGACCACAACAGUAUUGAGUUCAUAAGCCCAGGGGCAUUUUAUGGCCUCCCCUUCCUACGCCUGCUGCACUUAGAAGGAAAUCGGCUCACUAAACUCCACCCAGACACAUUUGUCUCCUUGAAGCACCUCCAGAUAUUCAAAGUAUCUUUCCUUAAGUACCUGUACUUGUCCGAUAACUAUCUGACCUCCUUCCCUCAAGAGAUGCUCUCCUCUAUGCCAGACUUAGAAAGCCUCUAUCUGCAUGGAAAUCCAUGGACCUGUGACUGCCAUUUAAAGUGGUUGUCGGACUGGAUACAGGAGAAGCCAGAUGUAAUCAAAUGCAAGAAAGACAGAAGUCCCCGUCUUCAGCAGUGUCCCCUCUGCAUGGACCCCAGGGUCUCCAAAGGCAAGCUCCUUGCUGCAGUCCCAGCAGCAGCUUUCCUGUGCACAAAGCCAACCAUUGAGCUGUCCCUGAAACCAGAGAACCUGACUGUUCCAGAUGACAGGGGAUCUGCCUCCCCUUUGCCUCAAGAUUUUACAGCGCCUUUGGGCUCCCUGACUUUGCAUAUGACAGACAUGUCUGGACAUGAGGCUAACGUGGUCUGCAAUGUACAGAAGCCCUCCAGAACACUGCCCACUGCAUUCGCAGAAGAAAAGGGACACAUCCUGCUAAACAUGUCAUUUUCGACAUCUCUGGUGUGCAACAUGGAUUACAGUCACAUCCAGCCAGUGUGGCAGGUUUUGGCUCUGUACAGUGAUUCUCCUCUGACUCUUGAAAGAAACCACUUGCUCUCUAAAACUCCACAGCUGUCUUACAGGUAUGAGCAGGUGGCUGUUCGACCUGAAGACACAUUUACUAACAUCGAGGUAGACGUCGGGGCAGAUCCUGCAUGGUUAAUGCAGGACCGAAUAUCCUUGCAGCUGGACAGGACUGCCACCACACUCACUAAGUUGCAGAUCUGGUUCUCAAGUGACGCUCAAGUCACUUUACCAAAGGCAGAGGUGACGCUAGAGAGACUCAAAUGGACCAUGAUUCUGAGGACUAACACCACCAAACUGGAACACACUGUUUUGACUGGCGGCACCAUUGCCCUGGACUGCCCAGGACAAGGUGACCCUUCACCUCACUUGGAGUGGCUUCUAGCUGACGGAAGUAAAGUGAGGGCCCCGUAUGUUAGCGAAGAUGGACGGAUACUUAUCGACAAAAGUGGAAAGCUGGAACUGCAGAUGGCUGAUAGCUUUGACACGGGCACAUACCACUGUGUAAGCACCAAUUAUGAUGAUGCAGACCUUCUCACAUAUAGGAUAACUGUGGUAGAGCCCAGUGUAGAAUCCACAGGAGAAAAUGAGAUUCGCCGAAUGGUUGUUGCUGGCGAAACACUCGAUCUUCCAUGCCCUUCUUCUGGAAUUCCAGAUGCUUCCAUCAGCUGGGUUCUUCCAGGAAACAUUGUGCUCUCUCAGUCCUCACGAGAUAAACACGUUCUUCAAGAUGGCACAUUAAGAAUAUUACAAGUGACCCCAAGAGACCAAGGUCAUUAUUAUUGUAUAGCAGCCAAUCCAUCAGGGGUUGAAUCUUUGAUUUUUGAAGUAUCAGUCAAAUUGAAAGGUCCCAGGUUAGUGGAACAUGAUGGGGAAACAGAUGGAUCUGGAGGUGAGGAGCCCAAUCCCCAUGCUCUCUCUAAGGAGUCACCAUCUCCAAAAUUCUCUGCAUUAGCAUCAGCCUCGGCGGGGACCAAGGCUGAAACACCAGCCUUGAGCAGAAGUAAGAAGGACCACCGGGUGGUCUCGCCAUGGCGGCGUGGAGAUUCCGCAAACCACCAGCGUGUCAGGGAGAAUAGGAGACAGUUCCCUCCCUUUGCACGAAGAAUUGAUCCACAGCACUGGGCAGCACUUUUGGAGAAAGCCAAAAAGAAUGCUGCGUCAGAGAAACCAGAUAAGAAGAUCAAAGGGCCACCGCCCCUGGCCGCUCCACUGCUAAAAAUAGCUGGUGAUGGUGAAGACCUUUCAGGCAUGAUUUCCCCAGAUGAAGAGUUCUUGGUUCUGGAAACGGCAGUCCCCAGUGUCUUACCAAGGACCCUGACUGCUGAUGUUACAACAAUGUUUCAUGGCCUUGUGACAAAUAGAACUUCUGGCACAGAUGUCUUCCCAACUGUGAGUCCUCAAAGACCACAAGCCAAGGACCUUGCAGAUUUCCAACAAUCUGAUGUUAUUAGCACUACAGCUAUGUCAGGGAAUACAUACCCAGUGACAGCAAGCACAGUAGAAAGCUCAACCAGCCAGAAUUCAACUCCCACCUUCUCUCUGCGACCCGGAGUGUCUGGAUUUCAGGAUGCUGGCCAGGUAGGGAGAAGAGGAGAACCUUCUCAAAGGGCAUACCCAGUGACAGAGUGGACUGUGGUCACAGACAGUGACCUGAAAAUUCCUAGCAGCACCACCAUCAAAGCUGAUGCGAUCUUAGAAUCAGUAAGUCCCACCAAUGGCCAUCAGACACCUUCCAUCACAGUCAGAGAAGCCAGGGGUAGCCAUCUGUAUUCUCAUAACACUGCAGAGCCUAGUACCACCAGGCUGCCUUUGGAUCGUCACAUUGCUCCUUUUCCCUCUCAGAUGACUAGAAACAAUACAACUAACUUUCCGCUCUUGAGACGCUCUGGGAGGCGAAGGAAAAUUUGGGGCCGAGGGCGAAUUAUCAGCCCUUAUGGAAGCCCAGUUCUCCGGAGGCAUAGAUAUAGGAUGGUGAGGCCAGUACUCAGUGGAGCUGCUAGCCGAAGUGUGAGUGCAUCUCCAGCCACAGAGCUCCAUGAGAUAUGCCUAUCCUGUCCUCCCACAGAAAGCCCCACCUCGCCUACAGUAGCUCUGCCUGUUCCAGGCUCAUCCCCCAACACCAUCCUCAAAGCCACAGUAGCCCAACCUACAGCCCUAGCCAGGCAUCCUUCAUUACUACCUGAGAACAAAGAAAGCGUCAGCAUUGCUAAAGCAACACCCACGAUGACACCUUCCGGUGCUGGAAGCACCCGAGUGAUUCCCACUCUUGCAAUCGUGGCUUCUGCCCCUGCGUCUACAGCCAAUGACAUCUUCGCCAAUAACAAUGCCCCACGUGCAGCUAGCACCAGAGAAGCUAAAGGAGAGAUGGUGAGGACACCACCACUUUCAGAUGUCCUCACCAAGCCGUCAGUGCCCACAAAGGAGGCCAGUACUUGGUUUGCAGACAGAAAAAAUCCCUGGUACCAGGUGUUCUCAAACAACCCUAACCAAAAAGGAAUAUUGAAGAAUCUGAAUAAAUCUGACUUACAGAAGAGCAUAGCCACAGUGUCUCCUAAAAUAUCACCUGUUUUACCUACAGAAAAAGUUUUCCUCUCAUAUUCAACAACGUUCUCAGAAAAUCAGAUGCAAAUUCUGCCUUCAGUACACCCCAAUCCCACAGAAAUACACAGCACUGGAAGUCUCCCCGCAGGAAAGGGGUCACCCUCUCCAUCCUUACCCCCCUUGCUUCCUAGUCUCCCAAUCAAAGGACGCAGGGCAGAAAGCUUCCCGUUGGUAGAGAUGGCUCCACUGGCAACCCCCACCACCCCCACGUCUGCUGGUAGCCAUAAAACCCAGACAGCAGCAACCAAGGUGGGACAAGACCAGAGAACAAAGGAGCCGCAGAACCACAGCGACCCAAACACCACUGCAGGCCGGAGCGGGGACUUCACGGAGUCCCCGGCUGUGACAGCUGGUGUCCCUCCAGGAAGUUCGGCUCUGACAGCUCUAACUGCAAAGACGCGGCGAGACUUUGAGACGUUGAGGGGCACGGUGGCGUCAGCAAGGGCUGUGGUCAGCCCGUCCCGUGAGGGCAGCACGGCGGCCAGGACGGCCUUGGCCCCACGGCCGGCCCCGGGCCCUCCCCUCGUGCCCAGUCGCCCCUCCCCUGCCUUUACUCACAGUCCAGUUGCAGGGGACCUGGCAGUUCCUUCCCAGGUGACUGCAGAUCCCGUGGCCACAGUGUAUGCAUCCUCAGGCUCUCCAGAUCUUCAGCGGUCCCCAGGGCAGGUCACCACCUCUCCAGAGGCUCACCCACCUCCUGAGCUCGUGCCUAGAAGGACUCAUUUUGCCUCCUCUAAUCUCUCACAUCCUAACCCUGUGCCCUCACUGAGAAUAACUAGACCACCAAAACCAGAAGCAAAGCCGUCUCCCUGGUCAGAAAAUCCGCUUCAGCACCAGUCAUUCUCAGAACGUGUUGAAAAGGGCAAAAAGGCAGUGACCAGCACGUUGCCCUCUCUCAGCUUGCCCGAGGCCACAGCUCGUGACGUGCAGUGGGAGGGACGGAGGAAUGCCAAGACAGGCUUUGAUAAGAAAGCAGUCCCAGACACACCUUCCGGACCCCUGCCCUCCCACGCUGUGCCUGGGAAUGUCUUUAAGAAGCCCAGAAUAGUUGGAGGAAAAGCAGCCAGUUUUACCAUUCCGGCUAACUCAGAUGCCUUCCUUCCCUGUGAGGCUGCUGGGAACCCUCUGCCUUCUAUUCACUGGGCCAGAAUCUCAUCAGUCCUUGGACUUACUGACAGGACACCAAAAAGCAGGUUCCAAGUGCUUCCCAAUGGUACCUUGUCCAUUCAGAGAGUCAGCAUUCAGGACCGUGGACAGUACGUGUGCUCCGCUUCCAAUCCACUUGGUACAGACCACCUCCACGUCACCCUGUCUGUAGUGUCCUAUCCCCCCAGGAUCCUGGACAGACAGACUAAGGAGAUCACAGCUCAUUCCGGAAGUUCCGUGAAACUGAAAUGCAAGGUGGAAGGCAGGCCACGCCCUACGGUUUCCUGGAUUCUUGCAAACCAAACAGUGGUCUCCGAAACACCUGAGGAGCAGGCGAAGGCCCUAGUCACAUCGGAUGGGACGCUGGUCAUCCGUAACCUGAGCAUUUAUGACCGUGGCUUUUACAAAUGUGUGGCCAGAAACGCAGCCGGCCAGGACUCACUGCUGGUGAGGCUCCAGGUCAUCGCAGCACCUCCUGUUAUUCUAGAGGAAAAGAGACAAGUUAUUGCUGGGACUCAGGGUGACAGUUUGAAGUUGCCCUGUACUGUGAAGGGAACACCUCGGCCCCUUGUUCACUGGGUCCUGUCUGAUGGGACUGAGGUACGAACAUCACAGCUUACCAGUUCCAGGUUGCUCUUGCAUUCAAAUGGGACUUUGCAUAUUAGAAACAUUGUCCCUUCAGACAGGGGCACUUACGAAUGCAUAGCCACGAGCUCCUCUGGCUCCGAGAGAAGGGUGGUGAUCCUUUCCGUGCAAGAGCGAGAGACCCUUCCCAGGAUCGAAGCUGCCUCUCAGAAACGGACAGAGGUGAACUUGGGGGACAAAUUGCUACUAAACUGCUCAGCCUCUGGGGAUCCCAAGCCCAGAAUAAUCUGGAGGUUACCAUCCAAAGCCGUCAUUGACCAAUGGCACAGAAUGGGCAGCCGUAUCCACGUCUACCCAAACGGAUCCCUGUUCAUUGGCUCUGUGACAGAAAAAGAUGCUGGGAACUACUUGUGUGUGGCCAGAAACAACAGGGGAGAUGAUCUGACCCUGAUGCACGUGAGCCUGCGACUGACACCUGCCAAAAUUAACCCGAAGCAUCACUUUAAAAAGCAAGUGCUUCAUGGGAAAGAUUUCCAGGUGGACUGCAAAGCUUCAGGCUCCCCUGUGCCCGAGAUAUCCUGGAGUUUGCCUGAUGGAACAGUGAUAAACAACGCAAUGCAAGCUGAUGACAGUGGCCACAGGACCAAGAGGUACACCCUUUUCCACAAUGGAACCUUGUAUUUCAACAAAGCUGGGGUUGCCGAGGAAGGCGAUUACACUUGUUAUGCACAGAACACGUUGGGGAAGGAUGAAAUGAAAGUCCAUCUAACAGUGGUCACGCCCACCCCACGGGUAAGUCAGGGCUACAAGAGCAACGUGAGGAUUAAAGCUGGAGACACAGCUGUCCUGGACUGUGAUGCCACCAGGGAUCCCAAACCAAAAAUAUAUUGGAUGCUACCUUCCAGAGACAUGAUUUCAUUCUCCAAGGACAGGUACAUGUUUCAUGCCAACGGGUCCUUAUCUAUCCACAGAGUGAAACUGCUUGAUUCUGGAGAUUAUGUGUGUGUGGCCCGAAAUCCCAGUGGGGAUCACACCAAAAGGUACAACCUGGAUGUCAUCUCGAAGCCUCCAUUGAUUAAUGGUCUGUACACAAACACAACGAUUAAUGCCACUGCCGUUCGGCACUCCAGGAAGCACUUUGACUGCCGAGCAGACGGGAUGCCAUCUCCUCAGAUUAUGUGGAUCAUGCCAGGCAACAUUUUCCUCACCGCCCCAUACUAUGGCAGCAGGAUCACAGUCCAUAAAAAUGGGACCUUGGAAAUUAGGAACGUGAGGCUUUCGGACUCGGCCCGUUUCAUUUGUGUGGCUCGGAAUGAAGGAGGAGAGAGCGUGUUGGUAGUACAGUUGGAAGUCCUGGAAAUGCUGAGAAGACCCACAUUCAGAAAUCCGUUCAAUGCAAAAGUAGUCGCCCAGCGAGGCAAGCCCACAACACUGAACUGUUCUGUGGACGGGAACCCACCCCCCGAAAUCAUCUGGAUUUUACCAAAUGGCACACAAUUUUCUAAUAGCCCACAGGACUCUCAGUAUCUCAUAGCAAGCAAUGGCUCUCUCAUUAUUUACAAAACCACCAGAAGCCAUGCAGGAAAAUACCGGUGUGCAGCUAGAAAUAAAGUUGGCUACAUUGAGAAACUGAUUCUGUUGGAGAUUGGCCAGAAGCCGGUUAUUCUGACAUCUGCCCUGGGCGCGGUGAAGGGGAUAGGUGGAGAGUCCCUAGCUCUGCACUGCGUGACUGAUGGGAUUCCUAAGCCACAGGUCGAGUGGACCACGCCGAGUGGGCAUGUGAUCCACAGCCCUCGGGCCAGUGGGAGGUACGUACUGCAUGAAAACGGCACCUUGGUCAUCAAAGCAGCAGCAGCUGCCGACGGAGGCAAUUACGUGUGUGAGGCUCACAACAGUGUUGGCCACGCACUGAUUACCGUCCCAGUUGCCAUUGUGGCCUAUCCUCCCCGAAUUGUGACCGGCCCGCCUAAGAGCGUCCUCGCGAGGACAGGAGUGGCUUUCAGGCUCCACUGUGUGGCGCUGGGAGUCCCCAAGCCAGAGGUCACCUGGGAGAUCCCUGGGCACUCCUCGCUCUCAAAGAUGGGUAAAGGAAGGACUCAUGGAAGUGAGACGCUUCACCCCCACGGCGCCCUCGUCAUUCAGAAUCCCCAGGCCUCGGAUUCUGGACUGUACAGGUGCCUAGCCAAGAACCCACUUGGUAGCGACUAUGCAGCAACUUAUAUUCAAGUACUCUGACAGGAAACAAUAAAAGUCAACAUCUGAAGAUUUUAUUUUUUGGAAGAAGUUUAAUCAAAGGCAGCCAUAGGCAUGUAAAUGAAUCCGAAUACAUUUACAAUAUUAAAUUUACAAUGGACAUGCAAAAAAAAAAAGACUUGGAAAUAAAUGCAUUAUGAACUGAUACUGAUUCUUUUCAAUGGAUUUCAACACAAACUUUUAACUUAAGGCACUUUUAUUUUGCCAACAAAUAACAAACCUUGAGAGAAAACGGUACACUACAAAUAACACCGGCUAACACACCUGAACGUUUUAGUAAAGAACAGACUUUUCCUUCACUGCCGUCGCCUGGUGCCCUUCUUCUGCCCAUGCGGCACGCAAGAUGCUCAGAGACAACGGGAAGAUCAAUUUAAAAUCUUCAUGUAAAUCUGUCAUCUUAGUGUACAAAUAUUUUACCAUUGGUUUAAAAACAUUUUGCUAGAACCUGUAUGAUACAAAGCUCUGAAGUAUUUCGGUCCUAAUUUGUUCACACUGAAAAUCCUCAUUAAUGGGGAAUAUAAAAAUGCUUAAAUAGCUGCAUGUAAAAAUAAGUGCAAGCUUUUCCACGUGUAAAAAGCAACCCAAUGCUUACAUUUCAUCAAAUGUAAAAGGACGCUGAUUACAUCUUUGUCCAAAUACACUCAUUACAAAGGUUUGAAAAAUACAAUGAAACUCCUUUGUAACUUUAAAGUCUACCUCAGGUACCCCGGGUUUGGAGCUGUUUAUGAGGAAAUUUUUUCCAAGGAGGAAUCUUCGCAUUACAAGCAUUUUACUUCAACAAAUAAUUCUAUGCACAUUAGGAAAAUGUUUUUAGAGAGUCUAAAUCUAUUAUAUACAAUGAAGUUUCAGUGUAUUUAAAAUUUGAA